AUGGUUACUGUGGAUCAAUCUUAUUUAAUUGACUUUGUGUCAAAUCAUAUACUGAAUAAGAAUACACAACAAAUCGAACAAUUGAGUGCUGAUUAUUGUAUUGUGAUUGAUAUUUCGAAUUUUGAGUCAAUUGAUAUAAUAAGUAAAAAUUUGUUGGUCUUACUGUCAACUUUAAAACAGCAAAAUUUAAUCAAUACUAGUGAUGCUGCUGCUAAUCAAUUGUAUGAAAAUGUCUUAAUUAGACUGAAUGGAAAUUUUUUGUACGUAUUUAUAAAAACUGAUAUUUCGCAGUCAACGACUAUCGAUUGUACAGGUUUGAAUUUUAUUAAAUUCAUUGUGCCAUUGAAUUUGAUUUAUAAUAAAAAGUUGAUAGAUCAUUCAAUUUCUACAAAAAUUGUUAAAGAUUUCAAUCAUGUAUUACCAAACGAUAAUGACUUAAUUGAGGUUUUAAAUUUAAAUGGUAAUCAAGAUUUAUUCAUUUAUUUUAUUUUCUUCAAAAAAUAUAUCAAAUCAUUAUUUAAAAUCUCGAUUUUAGGUUUAAUUUUAAGAGUGAUCUCAUUCCCAUAUGAAUUUAAUUUAAUUUAUUCGGUUCUACUAUCUUUGAAUUCCUUCUAUUUUAUUAUUUCAUGGAUUUAUCAAGAUAAAAGUUAUUAUAUUAAUAAGUCAAACUUAGUCGAGAAUUUAAUUCAGUUUAAUCCAGUUUCAAAUAAAAAUUAUAAACUAUCAAAAAGUAUUAUUGCUAAAAAAAUUGUUUUUUUACCAAUAAUUCUGUUUUUUGUUAGUUUAUUAUUAACUGCUCAAUUAUUCUGCUUUUCGUUGGAGAUUAUUUUGACGCAAUUAUAUCCAUCUUCUGGUUUAUUGAAAAUAAUUUUAUCAUUAAUGCCAACUAUCUUACUAGCAACAUUUGUUCCAAUUUUAAAUUUAUUGUAUAAUAAAUAUAUUGUGAAUCCAUAUGUUAAUUGGGAAAAUUAUUCAAAUAAUAUUGUGGAAAUAAAUAAAUCGAAAUUAGAAAAAAAUAUUUUGUUCACCUUCUGUACAAAUUAUAUUCCAUUGUUAAUCACUCUAUUUAUCUAUACACCAUGUGGACAUUUAAUUAAUUUUGGUGUUAAGGAUGCUAUCGGAAAAUAUUUAACUGUUAUUGAUAAUACUUUCGUUAUUGAUAAUACAAGAUAUAAAACACAAUUGUUUUUCUUUAUUGUAACAAAUCAAAUUAUUAUUAUUUUAACUGAAAAUUUAUUACCAAUUAUUAUUAAUAAAAUAAAGAUAAAGUUGGCAAAGAAGAAAGGCACCGAUGAUAAACAAAAGGAAAAGGAGAAUGAAAAAAUUCAAAAACAACAAAGUAUUGAUAUUAUUAAACAAUAUUAUCCAGAUGAUUAUAGAGUUUGGAAUACUAUUGAUAAAUAUCAAAACUCUUUGAAUGUUUGGGGAGAUUUUGAUUUAGAUGACAAUUAUAAAAAAAUCGUUUCCCAAUUCGGUUAUAUUGCAAUGUUCUCUAGUAUAUGGCCAUUAGCUCCAUUUAUCUCGAUUAUUUUUAAUGUUAUUGUUUUCAGAUUAGAUAUCUUAAGAGCUUACAAAAAUUGUAAACCAAUGGCAUCAAAAAUUUCCACUGUUAACUCAUCAAUCUGUCAAAAAUCAACUGAAUGUAAGAAAAAUAUAUGGGAUUUAAUUACCAUCUUUUUAGCCAUUUUUGGUUCAAUUGUCACAAUGACUACAACUUAUAUGUAUAGAUUUUCAAAAUUAUUACACCCAUAUGUUGCUGAUACGGAAGUCACAUCGAAAUCCAAAAGAUUGGACACAUUAAUUACUAGUCCAAUAGAUCAUUCGGCAUUUAAGAUUUUUGUUAUGGCAGUUAUUUUCGAACAUUUAGUGGUACUGGUUUAUUAUGUAAUGGUUAAAGUUGUGACAGCUAACAAAUGUGACCUACAUUCUCACCAAAAUAGUAAUCUAUUUGCCUCUGUUAAAAGGGUGAAUAAUAAGAACAAGAACAAUUCUCAUACUACUUCAAAUAAUCAAAACCCAACUACUGAACAACAUACAACCGACGCAUUUGUAACGAAAGUUUCAAGUAUUGUGGAUGAUUUCAGUGAUGGCAAAUAUGCUGCUCAAAAAGAUUCCGCAAAUGAUCAAUUAGAUGCUAAUAAAUCUGUUCCGCAAGAUGCUAUUAGAUCAAAAAUGGAAUCAAAGACUCCCGUCACUAAUAGUGGAAUUGAAAAUAAAAUUAAAAAGAAAAAUUCGUUAAUUUCAAUGAAAUCUGUUAAGGAUGCUACCGGCACAAGAUUAGUUAUGAGGGAUUUGGUUGAUGAUAGUUCUUCGAGUAUUGCCGGUGCCACUCUACCAUUGAAUAUUCCAACGUCAAAAAAUUUCAACGUAAGAUACGACUCUGAUGGUAACUUGGUAGAAUCCGUGGCAAGAUUACAAGCAAAUUCUAAAGAAAACUCAACUAAUAUUGUUCCAACGAACUUAAAAGAAGCGAAUGAGAAAAGUAAUACUUUAGAAGAAACUGUUCCAAAAACGUUGGAUCCUUUAGCAAGCAAAGAUGGCAACAUCAAACAAACAUUAGAAGCCACUCGAAAUAAAGAAGGAGCAAAUCAUACCUCUAACUCUAUCCCAGCUGUGCAUACUAAAGCAGAAAGUAAGCAUAAAAGUCACAGCACACAUACCCCAGGAAAAAGUCUAACUUCAAAACAACCAGUUAGUAACUCUGCUUUGAACGAUAAUCAUUCACAAGCUUCAAAAGAUAUUUCAAGUAAAAAUGAAGCAAGUUCAAUAAUUAAUAAUAGUCAUACCCCAUCAAAACCUCGCCAUGCAGCAGGUAAGGACGCUUCUUCGAUAUCUCGAUCAGAAACAUCUUCAAAGAAAAAGAAAGGUUUAUUUAACAAAUUGAAGGUUAAAUUAUAA